AUGGGGUUCCAGCCAACAGAAUCGGAUCCGUGUUUGUACGUACGACGUGAAAAUGGUUCUGCUGCGUAUCAUUGUUACUCAGACAAUGGAGGAAUUCAGGAGAUGGAGAUGGAUCAGCUACCUAACAACCAUGGCUACAUGAGCUUGAUUGGAGGUCUCCUGUACGUAGCUGUACACACGCGACCAGAUAUCGCCGUUAGCACAUUGAUUUUGGCACAAAAAUCAAGCUGCCCAAAUUCGCAUGACUGGACUGAAGCCAAGCGAGUAUUACGAUAUUUGUAUACUACCAGCAACAACAAGCUACAGCUAGGUACUUCAAAUGAAGGAUUGCAGAUGUUCGUCGAUGCAAACUGGGCUGGCGAUUCUCACGACAGGAAGUCAAACUCUGGUGUAUUCAUUAUGUUCGGAGGAGGAAUAAUUUCCUGGGGCUCACGAAAGCAAUCAUGCGUUGCACUAAGCUCGACUGAAGCGGAGUUCGUGGCCCUCGCUGAAGGCUGCCAAGAGUAA